UGGAGGAGAGGGCCGGAGGCGAAGGCCCCCCUCCCUGCGGUCGCUCCGCACCCGUACCGCCGUCCGUUCCCCCCACCCCGACCGCCCCUCUUCUCCUCAGCGGUCACUCAGCUCCUGCUAAAGAAACGCGCUUCCUCCCACUCUAGUUACCCACAAGGCGAAGAAUCACAUUACCUGUUCCACUCUUAUCAGCGCAAGGAAACCAAGCUCAUAAGAUUGACAACUUUACUAAAGAUGUCUAAGCAACAACCAACUCAGUUUAUAAAUCCAGAAACUCCUGGCUAUGUUGGAUUUGCAAAUCUUCCCAACCAAGUUCACCGAAAAUCAGUGAAAAAAGGUUUCGAGUUCACACUGAUGGUGGUCGGUGAAUCGGGUCUAGGCAAGUCGACUCUCAUCAACAGCCUGUUCCUGACCGAUCUCUACCCAGAAAGAAUCAUACCUGGAGCUGCAGAGAAAAUUGAAAGAACUGUCCAGAUUGAGGCCUCGACUGUUGAGAUUGAGGAGCGAGGGGUCAAGCUGCGCCUGACAGUGGUGGACACCCCUGGCUACGGUGAUGCCAUCAACUGCAGGGAUUGUUUUAAGACGAUCAUCUCCUACGUCGAUGAGCAGUUCGAACGGUAUCUGCAUGACGAGAGCGGCCUGAACCGGCGGCACAUCGUCGACAACAGGGUGCAUUGCUGCUUCUACUUCAUCUCGCCCUUCGGACACGGACUUAAGCCCUUAGACGUUGCGUUUAUGAAGGCGAUACACAACAAGGUCAACAUCGUGCCUGUCAUCGCAAAAGCCGACACACUCACUCUGAAGGAGCGCGAGCGCCUGAAGAAGAGGAUUCUGGAUGAAAUCGAAGAACAUAACAUCAAGAUCUAUCACUUGCCUGAUGCAGAAUCGGAUGAAGACGAAGAUUUUAAAGAGCAGACUAGGCUCCUCAAGGCCAGCAUCCCGUUCUCUGUGGUCGGAUCCAAUCAGCUGAUUGAAGCCAAAGGCAAGAAGGUCAGAGGUCGCCUCUACCCGUGGGGCGUCGUGGAGGUGGAGAACCCGGAGCACAAUGACUUUCUGAAGCUGAGGACGAUGCUCAUCACCCACAUGCAGGACCUCCAGGAGGUGACCCAGGAUCUGCACUACGAGAACUUCCGCUCCGAGAGGCUCAAAAGAGGCGGCAGAAAAGUGGAAAAUGAGGACAUGAAUAAAGACCAGAUUUUGCUGGAAAAGGAAGCUGAGCUCCGCCGCAUGCAGGAGAUGAUCGCGAGGAUGCAGGCGCAGAUGCAGCUGCAGAUGCAGGGCGGGGACGGCGACGGCGGGGUCCAUGGGCACCACGUGUGAGGUGAAAACACUUUGCAAGAUAAAACAUUCCGGAUGAGUAAUACAGCUCUGUGUUUUCAAGAAAUCGUUGGAGGGGUGCCGGACCACAUGUUACAGUGCCUGUGGCCCAGGAUUUUAAUUUUUUUAAACUUUCGCCAUAUUCUUUUUGUAUGAAGUACUUUAAACAUUUGUAUUCGUUACUAGAGUAUACUUUAUGUUUGUGAGUGAACUUUGCAUUUUCAUUUUCUUUCACCUUAACUAACCACUAAUGUCGGGAUCGAUUCCCAGGGAUCAGUGAGCAUGUGUAGUUACUGUGAUUUGGCUGGCCUAACCAAUUAAUCGUUGAGGAGCACUCGUAUUUCUGAAACAUUUAGAUUUACCCAGAAUGUUCCCGAGUGAUAGAGACAUGGAUGUGGUGACAGACAAGGCACAAGGCUGCUUACUCACCAGGGCACGUGUGUCGUGCGGGGACUCCUCCCUACCUGCCUCUGUUUGGGUGCGACACCUGACACCUGACACGGGUUUUGCUGCUAUAGUUCAGUACCAUUAAUUCACCUGCACACUUACUGUUUACCAAAUGACACAAUUAUCUAAUGAGAUACACAUUUAUAUUUACAUGUCUUUCUUUUAAGAAACAGGUUUUUAGGGAUAAACUUUGAGAAGUCUCUGGAUUCUUAUAUUGGGUCAUUUUUUAAACCACUAGGCAGGGAACUUGUCACAAGCCACUUUUUGUAGUGUUCAGCGUUACUGGUUAUACUCUGCUACAAAAACAAAGCACCGUGGGCCCUAGUUUUCAUCUUGCAACUAAGAUUCUCACCAACGGUGAGAGUCAAUAAGCUAUUUUUACUCAACUAAAUUAAAAAACAACUUUUUAAGAAAAAUUAACAAUUGAUCUGUUCAGAAACUAACAUUUUUAUAUUUUUAUACUGCACUUUAAUAUAUUCUGUAACUGAAGGUGUAGGAAAUCUGCCUCAGUGGUAGAAAUGAGGGUUCUCUGGUGAGUGGGUGCCUCUGAACCCAGACCUGUCACAGGCCCUAAAGCCUCAGCCCUGUGACUCCCAAAAUGCCAACCAGGUUUCCCUGAUUUGGCUUUGUUUAACUGUUUCUUUUUUGAAUGGUUUUCUAAAAGGUGGCAAAUAGCAGUGAUCAUUUUUUUUAAUGUGCAGAUUGUCUUGUUUAUUUCAGCUACUGCCAUUUCCUUCAUUUAUAUGUAAUACAGAUUUCUCCAUGUGUCAUGGAAGAAUGAAAGACAUUUCAGAUCUGGGCUGGUUGGCAGAUGUCGCCAGUCCGAGCCACACCUGGUAUUUUCUGUGUUCUGUGGCCUUGGCCUCCCCCCCGCCGCCCCCAUCUCCCAAACCAGUCUCCCUGUCGUGAUUGAGGGUGCUGAUGCUCCCAGGCUUUUUCCCAGUGUUUCUGACGUUGGCAAAUGGGUCCCCAGAAAUUAACAGGUGAAAGGAGACCUGGAGGUGUUGGUUUAUUUAAUAUUUUCAUUUUGCUGUAACAGGAGGGAUUGAGAUGGAGAAAAGGCUCCAUCUGAGGAUAAAGAGGUUUUUCCGUUUGAGCCAAAAAAUAAAAUGAGGGUCAGAAUACAUUAAUAUGGUACAAACUAUACUGUGUUCUUGCUGACUCGACCCUUCCCUAUUGCAUAAUUGUGACUGGUCAGAAGCUUUAGGUUUAGGCACAUUAUGCAAAGUUUCCAUAGAAAAGGUGUAUGGCUCUAGAGUACCUCCAUUCAAGACCAAUUAUUUGGGUUCUUUUGGUAUUUAUUAACUCUGCCAGUAAAAGCUGUUUAAAGGGAGGCAAGGGGACAUUUGCAGGUGGUUGAUGUAAGCCCGUGUGCAUUUAAGUAAAAUUACUACCCAGUGCUAACUGCCCGCCCCCAUGAUGGUUAGGGUUAAGCUGGGUGGGUUGUCCUACACCUCUGCACUCUUAAAUCCCUUUUUGUUUUUUUUUUUUUUAGCCAAACCUAAAUAAAUACUUUUGCUAAUAGAUAGUUGCUCUUUAACUAAGAGGUCAUCUUUAUCUAUAGAAAUGUAUUUUAAAAACUAUUUUACACAGCAGUUUUGUAUCCAUUGAAACUAACCUUUUAUCAAUAAAGCACUAUUGUUUAGACAUUAA